GCCCGCUACGUUGAUUAAGCGAUAAAAAUUAUUGUCGAACAAACAUUUUUCAGAAUAACGAAAUUCAUUAGUAAUUCUGAAUUCGAAUCGAAAUGGUACUUGUCCAAGUUUCAUUGGUACUUGUUACCUUGGUUUCGAGUACUUUUUGUGGUGUGUCACCGGCACCGCACACCCCCAAUGGCAAAAUCGUGGUUUGUAAUUAUGAAACCAAAUCCCAUAUGAGAGAAGGGCAAGGAAAAUUCGAAUUAUCAUUUUUGGAACCGGCUCUACAAUACUGCACCCAUUUGUUGUACGGAUAUGCAGCAAUCAAAGAGGAUACCCUCAAAUUGGUUCCACUUAACGAACAGUUUGAUGUCAUUAAGGACAAUUACAGACACGUGACAGAUUUGAAAAUCAAAUACCCAAAACUGAAGGUUCUUUUAUCUGUAGGCGGAAACGAGGAUGUCAGCGGAGAAGGCAGUGAAAAGAAUUUGAAAUAUAGACAAGUCUUAGAGUCUUCUGCCCAUCGAUUAGCUUUCAUCAACUCACUCCAUACUAUAGUCAAAGGUUACGGCUUUGAUGGCGCAGAUUUAGCUUGGGAAUUGCCUGAAACAAAAGCCAAGAAAAUAAAGAGUGGUUUUGGAAAAUUCUGGUCAUCUGUCAAGAAAACUUUUACUGGGGAUUCUGUGAUUGAUGAAAACGCUCAGGAGCAUAGGGAUCAGUUCACAGCACUUGUGAGAGAACUGAAAAACACAUUCAAGCCUGAUAACUUUUUGGUGUCAUUGACUGUUUUGCCGAAUGUAAACAGCACUGUGUAUUACGACCCCAGAGCACUUGCUCCCCACGUAGAUUUUGUGACGCUUCAUGCCUUCGAUUUCUAUACGCCACAACGUAACCCUAAACUUGCCGAUUUUCCCGCUCCUCUCUACGAGCUUAUCGAUAGAAGAACAGAUGAGAACGCUGAUGCUUGGGUCAAAUACUGGUUGAGUAAUGGCUUCCCAGCGAACAAAUUAAUACUGGGUAUUCCGACAUAUGGAAGGACUUGGAAACUUGAGGCAGAUUCAAAUGUGGAAACUGUUCCACUAGAAGGUCUCGAUGGCCCUGGUCCUGCGGGCCCAUUGACCAAAGAUGCAGGAAUUUUGAGUUACCCAGAAAUUUGCGUAAGAGUACAAGGAGGCACUGGAAACGUAUCUCCAUCAGGAUAUAGAAAGAUUCCAGAUUCAACAAAUAGAAGAGGAUCUUAUGCCUACAAGCCAAAGGAUCCAGAAAAAGAUGAAGAUGGUAUUUGGAUUGCCUAUGAAGACCCAUCUGCAGCAGCCAAUAAAGCUGCGUAUGUCAGAAGCAAAGGUUUGGCCGGAAUUGCCGUCGAUGAUCUAACUUUGGAUGACUUCAGGGGAGUUUGCACUCAAAAUAAAUACUCUAUCCUAAGAGCUGCCGUUUCUGCUUUGUAAUUUAUGUACUAAAUAUUGAAAUUUAUAAAAAACCGAUUCCGAUUCUAAUUAUUGUAUGACAGAAUUAUAUUGAAAUAUUACUAUAAAAAAUUAAUUAUUCAA